GGGACGGACUGUGUUGAUGAGGACAGAGUCCAGUGGUUGCAUUGUAAAAAUGUCUUCAGGACCCAAUGGCGCCAGGCGCAUAGCGUCUGUGCUGAGGCCUUCAAUAGUCGACUCCCGAGUCUGCAGAAGCUGUCAAGAGACACUCGUUCGCCGCAAUUAUGCCUCCACUGCUGCGCCUAGUUCAGCUUCAGAAACCGUUUCAACUCCUGCCUCUACAUUUCCCGUCGUCAGACCUACGCACAUCAUCCAGGCCGGCGUGGCCCUAUCCCGUCCUCCGCAAAUCACUCGCGAUCUCACACCGUUCGAAAAGGCGUACUUCUUCUACCAGAAACGGCUGAACGAGCGACUGGCGCUCCCAUUUACAAAAUACUUCUAUUUCAAGCGGGGUACUCCGGCUGAUGAGGACUGGAAGCGUAAGAUUCGGGAGCGUCAAACGCCUGCACGCGACAUCGGCAAGUAUAACGCGUACUCGAAGGAAGCAUGGAACGACGAAUUGCUCGUCGGGGCUGUUGAGUCCGAACCAGAGCAUCAGAUUGAGAUGCUUGUGCGGGACGCAGAGGCUACUGUCAAUGCCACUUCUCAAGAUACCAGCAAGAAGGAGGAGAUUCCCAGACCGUUCCCCCGAGUGACGGAGGCGGACCAGAAGAACGACCAGAGGAGCCUGAACCGGGCUCUGCAGAGAACCCUCUAUCUUCUUGUCCAGACCAAGGAGGGAUUCUGGAAACUCCCCAGUUCGCCGGUCGAGACCGGGGAGUCCCUUCGCGUGGCCGCCGAACGUACCCUGGAACAAUCCGCUGGUGUGAACAUGAACACCUGGAUGGUGGGCUAUCACCCUGUUGGCCACCAUGUCUACAACUUCCGACACCCCAAGACCGACCCUGCAACUGGCCAACAAUGGUUCGGCGAGAAGACAUUCUUCAUGAAGGGUCGUAUCAUGGCUGGACAGGCUGACCUGUCCACCAACGUGCAGGACCUUCAGGACUUCAAGUGGCUCGCUAAGGAUGAGAUUGCCAAAUUCGUGCUUCCCCAGUACUACAGCAACAUCAAGAACAUGCUGGCUGAGCGGUAAAUGCCUGGGUUCGAAGGACAGACAAUCUGUCUAUCGCAUUUAUGAUACUCUUUAUCGUUGGCUUGACGGGGGCAAGAUUUGUAUCGAUAGAGCUGUUGCGCGGAGUAUUUCCCUUGGGUUCGAGUGUUGACCGUUUCCACUUACAGGUCACUGAAUUGCAUAUACUGCUGUAGUAUGAAAUGUAUAACUAGCUUUCUGAUUUCUCAUUAUUCCAGCUUCAUUAUCCGA